AAGAGGAAGAAAGAGAACCAUCCUCGGGAGGAAACCACGCGCGAAUUCGCCAGCAAGGAGUUCGGGACGUUUAGAGUUUCUUCGGUCCAGGUCGAGGCGGUGCGGCCGGUCCAGAAGCGAGCAGUAUGCAUUCGGACUGCAGGCUGCUAUGGGCAGAGCGGUAAUGGUGGGCAGGGGACCGACAGGGGCCGGGGUUCUCGUCCUGUCGAUUCUCAUCAUUCUCACCGAGGAGGGCUGUCGAGCUCAGAAAGGAGAUGGCUGUGGCCCCAGCGUGCUGGGCCCCAGCAGCGGGACCCUGUCCUCCCUGGGCUACCCCAGGACCUAUCCCAACCACUCGGUGUGCGAGUGGGAGAUCAGCGUGCCCCGCGGGGAGAGGAUCCACUUCCGGUUCGCCUCGCUGGACUUGGAAGACAGCGACUGCCAGGUCAACUACCUCCGGCUCUACAACGGCGUCGGAUCCAACCGGAGCGAGAUGGUGAAGUACUGCGGUCUGGGCCUGAAGGUGGAUGAGCUGAUCCAGUCCUCGGGCCACCAGGUCACCGUCCAGUUCAUGAGCGGGACGCACCAAACGGGACGGGGGUUCUACCUGUCCUACUCCACCAGCGAGCACGCAGAUCUAAUCACCUGCCUGGAUAAAGGAACUGAUUUCCCCGAGGCAGAAUUCAGCAAAUACUGUCCUGCGGGCUGUUUGACGUCUACUGAGGAGAUUUCCGGCACCAUCCCCAACGGCUACAGAGAGUCCUCUCCUCUGUGUGUGGCCGCCGUCCACGCAGGCGUGGUGUCCAACGCCGCGGGGGGCAGGAUCAGCGUGGUCAGCAGCAAAGGCAUCCACCACUACGACGGCACACUGGCCAACAAUGUCACUUCCACUGGAGGAACUUUGUCAAACAGCCUCUUCACUUUCAAGACAAACGGCUGCUACGGGACGCUGGGCCUGGAGUCCGGCGGCGUGGCCGACACUCAGCUCAGCGCCUCCUCCGCCUGGGACUGGGGCGGCGCGUGGGGGGCGGCGGGGGCCCGGCUCAAACAGGCCGGGCGUCCCUGGGCGGCCUCGCAGAGCGACCUGCACCAGUGGCUGCAGGUGGACCUCAAGAAGGAGAAGAGGAUCACAGGCAUCAUCACCACAGGCUCUACCCUGUGGGAUUACCAGUACUACGUCUCCGCCUACCGCGUUCUGCACAGCACCGACGGCAGGCGGUGGCACGUCUACAGGGAGGCAAACUCCACCCAAGACAAGGUUUUCCAAGGUAACACCAACUACUUGGAUGAGGUGAGGAACAACUUCAUUCCUCCGAUCGAGGCCCGGCUGGUGCGGAUCAAUCCCCUCUCCUGGCACCAGAGAAUGUCCCUGAAGCUGGAGCUGCUCGGCUGCCAGCUGCCAGCAGUCAAACGCAGGACGGGGCUGGGGCCGAGGACCACCAUGGUCCAGCAGUCCCCGCGCCCCGCCGGCACCAGGCCCCCACCCCACCUCAGCCAGACCACGCACCCCCCAGACAUCCGGAACACCACCAUGCCCCCCCACAGCGACCAAGGGGUGAAGCUGGCAGCAGUUCUGGUGCCCGUGCUGAUCAUGGUUCCCACAGCUCUGAUCCUCACCGCCAUUUGUGCCUGGCACUGUAGGAACAAGAAGAAGAGCUCGGAGGGGGCGUACGACCUCCCUCACUGGGACCGCACCGACUGGUGGAAGAGCAUGAAGCAGCUGCUGCCCUCCAAGAUGGUGGAGGCGGAGGACCCGGUCAGGUACAGCCGCAGCGAGGUGGGACGCCUGGCGGGGAGAGGCGCCGUGCCCAGCCUGCACACCCAGCCCGCAGAGUACGCCGAGCCCCUGGUGAGCGGCAUGACCACGUUGGGCGCGAGGUCCACCUUCAAACCGGACGAGGGGCCGAGCCCGGGCUACGACGCCCCCAUCUCGCCGGACGUGUACCACGCCUACGCCGAGCCGCUGCCGUCCUCGGGGUCGGAGUACGCCACCCCCAUCGUGGUGGACAUGGGCUGCCACCCCGCCGCCCUGAGCCAGCCCGCCGCCGCCUGCGGUUUUCUGAGCGCCGGGUCAAGCGACAACGGCCGCCCGGGGAGGCUGGCGUACGACACGCCCAAGAACGCCACUGGACAGGCCACGCCCACACAGGACCUGACCUAUCAGCACAGCCCGGAGGACAGAGACAUGGAGGGUUGUGGGGCGAGGCGUGAAGUCUUGAACGAACUCUGCCUCAGCUUUAGAUUCGUCCGGAGACGUCCGCGUCGCCCCGAACGUUUCGGCAAAAAAAAAGGCCACCAAACCGCUCUUGCAAUCCCGUUACAGUCCUAUCACUGA